AUGCCGGAUACAGAUGAUACUUUCUUUUGUACCCCAGUUACCCGGGUAACAGCUACAGAUGCCGACGAUCCAGUGUACGGGAACAGCGCUAAACUGGUGUACAGCAUACUGGAGGGACAACCAUAUUUCUCUGUGGACCCCAACACGGCGACCAUAAAAAUUGCUCUCCAUGCGAUGGAUCGGGAGAUGAGAGAGGAGUACCUUGUGGUCAUACAGGCUAAGGACAUGGGAGGUCACAUGGGGGGCUUGUCGGGAACCACGACAGUCACCGUCACGCUAACGGACGUCAACGACAAUCCGCCAAAGUUCUCUAAAAGUUUGUACGAGUUUGUGAUCCCUGAAGACCUACCGAUAGGCAACAUGGGCGGCAAGGUGAAAGCAAACGAUAGAGACAUCGGUGAUAAUGCCAAGUCAACGUAUAACAUUAUCGAGGGAGAUGAACAAGGCAUGUUCGAGAUAGUCACCGACGGGCAGACACAAGAAGGGAUUCUUCGGCUGAAAAAGGUGAUAGAUUUUGAGAGCAAGAGAGCCUACACCCUUAAAGUUGAGGCCACCAACAUCCGCUCGGAGCCCAGCAACGGUGUGCCCUUCAAGGACACAGCUACUGUUAAGAUUGUGGUGGAGGAUUCCGAUGAACCUCCCGUUUUCCUGAAAGCAGUCUACUUGCUAGAAGUGAAUGAGAAUGCCCCCAUCAACACAGUCAUAGGCAGCGUCACCGCCAGGGAUCCGGACUCUUCUGCCAGCACUGUCAGGUAA